AUGACACGAGCGCAACAGACUCUCUCGAUUGGCCUUUUGGUCGCCUCCGUAUAUAUGGUAGCGUUCCUCGGCCUCGCACCCUUACCCAAGAAGAUCGCAGACGAUAUCAUACCUGUUCUCCCCUUCUGGGCACUAGUCACAUUCGGGGCCUACCUCCUGGCCAAGCUGGGCUACGGCGUGCUCACCUUCAACGACUGCCCGGACGCGUACGAGGAGCUCAUGAAGCAAAUACAGGAAGCGCGGGAGGAUCUGAAGAAGAAGGGCGUGGAGGUUGAUUGA